UAUUCCGGUUUAGCUCCACUGUCUCGGAGGUGAACAGCGUGAACGCGCUCUUUUCUUUCCAGAAAUGCGAGCGCAAGUGUGUCGGAGGCGCCUCUCCGGUGACAACACGUGAAGCACCUGAGGAAAAAGCCACACGGACGAGCGCGCCUUUUCUUCUUCUUCUUUUUUUUUUUCUCCUUCUUUUUAGGAACAUCGGCGUCUCCUCCCGGCGCAUCCCCUACUGCAGCCGCAGCCGCAGCGGACGAUGCUCGGCACCUCGUCGGAGCGCCCGUGUUAAACCCACGAUGCCAAUCCUUGUCUCGAAUGGCUGUUUACUACUUGUUGUGGACGUGCUGCGUGGCUCUGCGUGGUGACAGCGCUCCUCUCCCCAGUGACACAGUGCGCCGUUUCGCUCGCUCUUUUCCACGGCAGGAAUUUCGCGUCUUGGAGUGCGAGAUGACGAGGCUCGGGCUUCUGCUUUGUUACUUUUCCGUUGAACUUCUCUCGUUCGUCUGCAGGGCUCACGGCAAAUCCGGGCAGCACCUGGGAAGUAUCGUGGUGGUCUCGGGCUCCAACGGCUCGAAAGACGGAGAGCAAUUGGCGUCAGAUCCUCCACCUACAGCCGAAAAAUGUCGGGGCUACUUUGACGUGAUGGGGCAGUGGGACCCCCCGUUCAACUGCAGCACUGGAGCUUACCUGUUCUGUUGCGGGACCUGUGGCUUUAGGUACUGCUGUCAAUUCCGAGCGACCAGGCUGGACCAAGAGAUCUGCAAAAACUACGACACCCCAGUGUGGCUCAUGACUGGCAGACCCCCCUCUAAAAGGAACGACCACCUGCACGACCACACCAGGGAUAAAACGAACUUAAUUGUGUAUAUCGUGUGCGGAGUGGUCGCCGUCAUGGUUCUGGUUGGGAUUUUCACUAAACUGGGUCUGGAAAAGGCGCAUCGACCUCACAGAGAGAACAUGUCCAGAGCCCUUGCCGAAGUGAUGUCCCAACAGAGGCCCUGCCCCGGAGAGCACCUGGAGGGAGAGGGGACCCUGGGGGCCCACAUGCAGCAACACCUGCAGCAGCACUACGAGACCAUGCAGGCGCGGCCCACCGCCAACAAUCUGCAUGGCCCGCAGAUGAACAACGUGGGACCCACCUCGCCCAUCCUGCCCGCGAUGGCCCAUCCUCUUUCCUACACUACCCUCCAGCUGCCUCACACCUAUGAGCAGCCCGCCAUUGGCAAAGAACUCAACAAAUAUGCCACGCUUAAGGCUGUCGCGUCAGAAAAGGUCGUCGACGAUUUCUACUCCAAGCGGCGACACCUGGCCGAGCUGGCGGCCAAAGGCAGCCUGCCACUCCACCCGGUGCACAUGGAGCCGGAGGAGAGCGUCCACUACAGCCCGGAUCUGACGGGCGGCAAGCAGAACGGCCACAAAUCCAAAGCCAACAAGAUGCACACGCACCCACUGGCCUUCAACUCCAACACGCUGAAGGGCUGGGACCAGAGCGAGCCCACCGGCCGCCGGUCAGCCUACGUCCCCAAGAAGCCCUGCACGGUGGAGCAGAUGAAUGAGCUUCAGGGUACCCGAGGCCAGCACUACCUGCCCCCUCAGCCGUACUUUGUGACCAACAGCAAAACAGAAGUGACCGUCUAGAUCCCCCCAGCCCCCUUCAGCUGUACAGAAAGAGUGGGACCCGCGACCCGGUCCUGGGACGGGGGAGGGGGGUGGUGGGGGUGGUCCUGAUUGUCGGGAUGGCCACUUGUAACUCCAGCCCCACUUACUGUGCUGUGAUAGCGAGUCGGGACGCCUGGAAAAAUACAAAGCAAAACUGAACAACUGAACUACAAAGAUCUGCAGCAUGCAAGCGCCUUGGGGCGCACGUGACAAGUGUGCGGCGAGGGGACAGAGACGUGACAAAAAACCAACACGAACUACCAAUAAAGCGAGGAGUGUGUGUGUUAGGGGUCGAUGGAGGAACCCAACUAUAGCAAUACUGGUGUCAGUUUGUCAGAGUGGAGCCUAAAGGACCACAGCAAAGUGGGAGACGGGCUGACGUACCCAAGUGUCACUUGUCUGCACAACGGCGGCCAUCUUUUUCUGCAGGUGGCUGGUGGGCACCGACUCUGUACAAAGUGAAAGUUGUACGCACGCACGCAGAUUGAGUUGCGCCGUCCGGAAAGGAAAACCCACAGGCAGCUUUCCUCUGAAAAUUCCACGAGGUUCCUGUAAUUCCCAAUCCGUAGAAGAAGGAAGGUCUCCUGGGUGAAUUCCCUCUUGUCUCCUGUGUUUAUUUAUCGAGUCUCAUUCCAACGCGUGAGGUUGUGCCUUUCUCGUAUUUCUCAAGUCCGCUCCAGAACUCCAAUCUCGUAGUGAUUAUUUGAAAAUGUUUUUUUUGUUUUGUUUUUGUUUUGUUUUUUUUUUUCGUUUUUCAAUGUCACGCUUGGCUUUCCGACGGUACGGUGGAUGUGUUUAAUUGUAAAAAAUCCCCUUCUAUUUGUUCUUCUUCUUCUUCUUAUCAUCCGUUUGACAUAUCGACGGAAAAACGAAAUCCAAGGAAGCUCCUUUUUAUCACAGCAGGUUCAUUAAUAAACCACUUGGGACAUCAUUGAGUGAGAAUUAUUGUGGGGGUGGGGGGUGGUAUUAUGGGAUGGACGCUUUUGUGACCAGUGGGUGGCGCAACUCCAUAGCAUCCAUCAGCGAAAAUCCUGAAAAAAAAUGGCAGUAGUGUCCAAGGGAAAGAAAAAAUUCCAAAAAUUUACGUGAAUAAAACAAGCUCAUUAGAAAUGGAUUCCCUGGACUUCAAAACUAUUCUACAUGGGAAAAAAAAAUUAUGUGAAGGAAAAAAUCCUGAAAAAAUGAAAUAUGGUGGCAAACCAUAAUGAAAAUAAAAAAUUAAAAGUCUUGGCAGGGUUUGCACUCUGCAAAAUGAGUGUACAGCACCUCGUGACCCCAGUUUUUAAAGCACAACGUGUCACUAGGAUUUGUCACCAGGUGGUGCCGUCACUUGAGUUUUCUGCCCCACCAAAUAACCAAUGGCGAAUCUAAUUGGGUGGCAACCCCCAUAACGGAUCUUCAAGACGAUGGCUGCAUCAACUGGCUGCCCUUUUUCCGCUUGAAAUGUAGAAGACACUUCAUAAGAGGACCACUGGCCAAUCAGGCGUCACAACUCCACAAAAGUCCCCAAAUGACGACCAGUCAAAUUUGACUCACACAGGGCACCAAGGCUGGCACUGAGUAUCGUAAAUUUGAGGGUCCGCCUUUGUAAAGGACCUCAUUAGUGGAGGUCAGACCGAAGGCUCAGCUGGACAUUGUUAUUAUCACCGUGUCUUUCGCAGGGUCUAUGGGUUUGAGCGAAUUCGAUUUUUUUUUGUCUUUUUUUGCCAUUGUUGGCAAAUUUUUAUCCUUACGGUUCAAUGCAAGUUUAGGUAAAAUUUUUUUACAGCCAGCAUAUAAAUUUAAAGAUGACUGGCAACGCUUUUAGGUAAAGUGAAUUCCCAUAACAUGUAACUCUUGAAUCCCAAAGUAGACCACCUGAGCCAACCAUCUUCCCCAGAGGGCAUCCAGGACUGGAAUCUGAGGUGUCUGUGCCUGUCUCGGCACUGGAAGGAGAGGCUGACUGUGAACCUGGAAGUCCUGGGGUCUGUACGUGUUCAGCCUCUGUGCAUCAGGAAGUGAAAGGCAAGGGGGGGGGGGGGCGAGGCUCUAAGCGGUUUCUGGCCGGUGGCACACGGGGAGUCACCACUCUUAAGUGACUUGCACUCCCCGGUUCCAGCUGUGCUGAAGAUCUAUGCAUAGGGACACGACGGCAGCACCAUUACAGUUUAGAGAGGCGCUAUAAAUGUGAUGUAUUGAUGGGCGAGCGGGCACUGUCCUGUUCCAGGAGGUCACCAGCUCUACCUCUGGACACAAACCGACUCGUCAGUACCGCCAGCAGCCAGUUGGGCACUGCUUGUUUUAUUCAGGGCUCCCACGUCUCGGCUCUUUGCCUCUUCUGAGCUCCUUUCUUGCAUUUCAAACUCGCACCUCUGAGACACUCGCCGGCGGGUUUUACUGUUUUGACGUUUGGAUACCUGCUUUGUUCGUUUUCUUUUAGACGUCUGACAACACUGUCGAGAAAAGUGCAAAAAAAAUAAAAUUAACGGAGCAACACCGGCAUUCUGUCCUAUGAGAAGGAAAUACAAAAAAAAUAAAAAGUUGUGCAUCCAUUGGAAUCAACGCGGCCAUCGGGAAGCAAACCAACACUCCUCUGAUUCAAGUCAGGUGUGUCAGGGCAGAAUGAGGCCGUGACAAUGGGAAAUCUGGGAAGAGAGCAGGAAUGAGAAAGGAGGGGUGGGAAAAAGGAUGACCAGAUGUCAGUCAAAUAUGAGGAGGACAGGAAUGAGGAAUGAUCAGAUAUCCAUCAGGAAUGAGGAAUGAUCAGAAGUCCAUUGAAAAUUAGGAAUAAUGGAGCGGGAAAUAGGAAUGAUCAGAUGUCAAUCGGGAAUGAGGAAAAAUGAUGUAGGAUCAGAUAUCCAUCGAUAAUGAAGAAUAAUGGAGCGGGACUUAGGAAUGAUCAGAUGUUAAUCAGAAAUGAGGAGGAUGGAAAUAAAGAAUAAUCAGAUGUCAAUCAGGAAUGAGGAACAAAAGGGUAGGAAUAAGGAAUGAUCAGAGAUCCAUCGAUAAUGAGAAAUAAUGGAGUGGGAAAUAGGAACGAUCAGAUGUCAAUCAGGAAUGAGGAAUAAUGGGGUGGGAUUCUGGAAUGCAGAAUGAGCAGAUGUCAAUCAAGACUGAGGAAUGAUGGGGCAGGAAUGAGAAAUGAUCAGAUAUCCUUCGAUAAUGAAGAAUUAUGGAGCGGGAAUUAGGAAUGAUCAGAUGUUAAACAGAAAUGAAGAGGAUGGGUAUAAAGAAUGAUCAGAUGUCAUUCAGGAGAGAGGAAUGAUGGAUUGUGAAUGAAAAAUGAGUAGAUGUCAAUGAGGAAUGAUAGGAUAGGAAAAAGGAAAAAUCAGAUGUCGAUCAGGAUUGAGGAAUAAUGGGAUGGGAAUGAGGAAUGAUCAGAUGUCAAUAAAUAAUAAGGCAUAAUGGAGCAGGAAAUAGGAAUGGUCAGAUGUUAAUCAGAAAUGAGGAGGAUGGGUAUAAAAAUGAUCAGAUGUCAUUCAGUAAUUAGGAAUAAUAGGGUGGGAAUGAAAAAUGAGUAGAUGUCAAUCAGGACUGGUGGGACAGAAUUAUGGAAAAAUCAAAUGUCAAUCAGGAAUGAGGAAUGAUGGGUGGGAAUGAGGAUCAGAUGCCAGACUUUAAUUAAGAAUGAAGAGGAUGGGAAUUAUUAGAUGUCAGUCAAGAAUGAGGAAUGAUGGAGGCAGGAAUAAGGAAUGAUCAGAUGCAAAUUAAGGAUGAGAAGAAUAGGAAUAGGGAAUAAUAGAGGGAAAUACAAAUAGAUAAUGUCAGAGAUGGGAAAUGAUGAGGCGGGGAAAAAGAAUGAUCAGAUAUCCAUAAAGGAUGAGAAGGGUGGGAAUGAAAACCAAUGUUUGUAAGGAUAAGUGAUGGUGAAAAGUGGGAUGAGGAAUGAUGGAGUCCAUGAAAAGGAAUACUAAGAGGUAUUUAGGAAUGAUAGAGCAGGACAAAGGAUGAAUUGUGAGGUCCCAAGUGAAGAAGUGUGGGUUAGGGAUGAGGAAUGAUUGGACAGAAAUGUAUAAUAAUGAAUUGUCAGCCAGGAUGGAGUAAGUGAGGGAGGUGAGAAGUAAGGAAUUGUGGGGCAGAAAUGAAAAAGGAUGGGUCAUGGAAAAGAUGAAUGGAGUAAGAAGAGUGUAGGAAUGUAAGGUCGAGGGUGUGGAAUGGGAAGGGGAAGAAGAUUUUGGUGGUGGGGAUUAAUUUGAAGGGGUCAUGGAAAUUGGGGUGCAGAAGAUGGAGAAUAAGUUGGGGAGAAGGAAAGUUGAACUUAUGGAUGAGGAACAGUGGGUUUGGAGUGAAGAAUGGAAAUGGAAAGUGGUGGCUCUGGGAGGACUCUGGGACAAGAAUGGGGCGCAGGGUCGAGGAUCAGGCAUUGCACUGCAGACCAGAUUUUGGGAGUGGGGUGAGGAAAGAGGAAAACCAAGAAGGGUGAUGAAGAAUAUUGUGGUGAGGAUGAGGAAGGGUAAACCGGAGGAUAGCUUGAGCUUCAGAAUGGGGUGGACAUCUGCUACAUUCCUGUCCACAUAGAGUGAUGAUGGACAUCUUAAUAUCACCCCUUUGAGAGUGUAAAUGAGGAACGGGACCCUUGCAGUCUCAUCAACGCAGUGUGAGAUAUGACAAGGAAUGGGGGGCCGAAAAAACACACUGCUUGCCACUGGUUUCCAUGCCAUGGCAGUUCCAGUUCUGGGCUCAAGGAGGCGCUGCGUCUCAGAUCUUCUUAUCUUCUUUAAAUGGUUAGCUGUGCUGAAUCCAAUUAAUCAGUUAAUCAAUUGUCAUUUUAUAAAGUGCCCACCAUGGAGCACACCAUCUCAAGAUGCUCUUCAAAACAUAAAAAACUUGGGAAUGUGAAGAGGGAAGGAUGCUAGCAUAGACAUUGGGGAUAAAUGAGUGCCCAUGUUGGAGAUGAGGUCCAUGUCCUCCUGUCCUCCUGCUCUUGGCUUUGGUUUAUCCGUCUGCUGGGCUUUGAGAUUCAUUAAAAUGACAUCUCUUUGGUGAAACUUCUAGACAAUCCCAAUGCAACUGUCAAGGAACAAUCCGUCACUCUCAACAGGCCUCUUUGCCUGUCAGUGUGGUGGCCAUCGGCACACAUUCAAGUUGGUCACCAGCCACAGUUUGUCACUAGUGAGUGAGUUCUGGCCAGGAAAGGGUGUGGUCCACUGUCACAUGUGGCCCCAAGCCUGAGGUCCUGAGAUCUUUUUUAUUGCAAUCAAAUCCAAUGCAAAAAAAACAAUUUCUUGUCCAGACAGUCCCUCAGUUUUUUAGAUGAUUGGACAAGAAGUGCAAUCAGCGUUGGGCACAGUCUCCAAGAAAAUGGAAUCGGUGAAACCCGCCCCGCCGUGAUGAGUGCUCUGAACUGCCAUGGGACCUUCAGCUUGGUGGAAUAACAGCCAAGGGUGACAAGACAACUGGGAGAGAUGGGACAGGGGAGACCCGAGGUCAAGGCUAGGCUGGCACCGUGCUACAGUGUGCCCCCUGAUCUGGGCUGAUGUUGACGAUGCCAGUCUGGGCCUGUUUGGGCGUGGUGGACAGUUUGGUUCAUGGAUGACGAAAACACACUGCGUCCAGUCACUGGGCUCCAAAACUAAAGGCAGAAGGUCAACAAAAGGCAAAGCUCUCGAGUUCUGCUGAGCUUCCUUCACGUCUGUGGGAUCAGCAGACGUCCAUCGUGACUGUUUGAUAAAAGUGAACUGCUGUUCAUUCAACCGCGUCAUCUGCUUUACUGUGAGUACAAAAACAAGGAGAAACAAACGAAAACUUCUGUUCAGCCGUUCUCUUCUGUUGUUUGUUUUUAAUUUCAUUUCCUUUUUUCUUAGAAUGCUGAUUUGUAAAAUAACAGUAAAUAUUCACUGUACUGAGGUCAAUUUCUUACGUGGCAAUAAAACUGAAUUCUGAACUUCA